GCGGGGGGGCGGCGCCAUCUUCGUUGUGGCGGCGCCGCGGGAUGGCGGAGGGAUGGGAUCAUUUCAAAAAAGACUACAGAGCAAGAUUCUGCCAUGGAGGAGGAAAGAAGAUUGAUAUACAGCCAGGUCAAAACGUAUUGAAAUUCAUUCAGGAUUGUUUUGAAAGCUGUGAUAGUGAACUUACAAUAAGCUCUCCAUGCACAGCCUGUUGCUCAACUCCUGUUGGCAGAAACCAAACGAGGACUUCAAUACGGAGCCAAAGGCAGUCAAAUGCAGGGUUAACGAGCUCGGUGAAGAGAAGCUGUAUUUCUUCAUCUGUACCCGCAUCGCCACCAGCUACUGUCAGUAGCCAAGGAGGGCCGCACAAAUCCUACCUGACGCCUACAAUACACGGUUAUGCAGCUGAUUCUAAGAAAACAGAGAGCCCUUUGUCUAAAGGAGAGGCUUGUGACACAUUAAAAGAUGCCGAAGCACUAUGCAAAAGCCCUGCUGAGUUCGUGGAUCCUGAGGAUGGUAAUGGGGCUUUGGGAUCACCUCUCCUUGUGGAAGAAGCAAAAAGUUCUCCUGUACAUAUAUUACAUUUUGAUGACCAGAAUGCUCCUGCUGUGGUGAAGAGCCAUGCAGAAGUUGUCUGUCUGGAAGGACCUCAGACUGGGAGAGAUGAGCAGGCUCUCACAAAAAGAGCAGAAUGUACCGCUGUGUCAUCUGUACGGAAGCGGAAGUCAUCCUUCUCUUCAGCUUUCUUAGCAGCUGUAACAACAGGGACAAUUGGAAAAAGGUAUACAGCCUCAAUAUCACCACCAUCACCUCCUGUUGUAAAAGAUCAAGACGUAGAAAUAGAGAGUGAAUGCGAGUUUUUAAUCGAUGAAUCAGAUGGUCUGUCUUCUAAUUCUUGGUUUUCAAUACCCCAGAAGAACAAAAAGUCCAAAAAAGAUGGCUCUGCAACCCCUGUUACGAAAUCUCAGUCCUCUGAAAAGGAAAAGACAGAAGGUAAGAAAGGCAAGACUGGGAAGGUACAGGCUGAAGCACUUACUGAACAGAAAAGACACAAUUUGGAUGUCAGAGUACAACAUGACUUCAAAGGAGCGUCACAGUCAGAUCCAGUCUCCUCUAGAGGUGAAGGAAAUGGACUAAAAUCUCAAAAGCAAAGCAGUACGCCUGUGGGAAAAUCUAAAAAGGAUGCACUUCAUCAAGACUCUCCAAGACACAGAAAAAUGUCCUGCAAACCAGAAGCUGAGCAACUGAUAUUGUUACUGUCUGAAUCGGACACAGAAGCAUAUGAUGAAGAACAUGAAAAAAGGGUGAUGCCAGGUGAGGAUUCACCAAUGCCCUCAGCUGAGCGUCACGAAGAGCAGAUGCCAUCUCCAAAAGAGAAUGUCAAGUCUUCCAAGUAUCCACAGUCUGCUUCAAAAGCUCUUGUGCAUUCAAUUCACAAGAAACACACUGCUAAGCAGAAACUUCAAGAAUCAAAAGAUAAGCUGUCUAAGAAACGGGCAGAAAGUCAAAGGAAAAAGCUUAAAAAAUCUGUAAAGAAAAGUAGUAAUAAAAAGCCUCAGUUACAAAGAGGGGAGAACUCUGAUAGUGAAGCUGGUGAAGAAGGGCUUGAAAGAGAGCCUGUCGAAUUGAAUGAAAUGUUUACCUCACCUCUGCGUCAGAAAUUAGAGAAUUCUGUACUUCAGAAACUUGCUUCAUCUGAAAAACCUAAGAACGUAUUGCAUGCAUUGGAAUCGCUCCGUGAUGUUUAUAACAAAACUCCUGUAAAAGCUGCGGAGCUAUUGCAGCAUCUCACAGACAGCAUACAGAAUUCUGAAAAGAAAAGAUCGUUGGCUAAGUCUUCAGGCAAGACACUCAAAAAGAUUAAUCACAGAACCCACAAAGGUGUUUCCUCAAACCCUGAGGACGUUGAGCCUCAAAAUACAAUGGAUUCUGACAGCUCUUCUGCACACAAGGUGGCAAGAAAAAAGCACAAGCAAUCAGAUGUGAAAAUAAAAAGUAACAAAAGAAAACAUAACGUGCAACGUAGACUACAAGAUUCCUCUUCAGCUGUGAAAGUUAUGAGUUGUGAAAGUGGGCCUGUUCUAGAACAUUGUGAUGAAUUCACUUCCAGAAGUAAGUGGUGUGAACAGGAUAAUGAAUCUUCAGAUGAUUCUGAAGACUUGCAUCAUCAAAUAAGAAAUUUGUCAGACAAGAUAAGCAGACAUAAAAUAGUAAUGCCUUCCAACACACCUAAUGUUCGUCGGACAAAAAGGAUACGACUAAAACCUCUGGAAUAUUGGCGAGGCGAGCGUGUAAACUAUACGAUGAAACCUUCAGGAGGGCUUACAAUUAGUGGAAUAGUGUGUCCAGAAACAGAACCUCACAGGAAGAAGAAACAGAAGAAGAUUCGUCAUAAGGAGAAAAGAAAUUAUACAAAAAAUGAGGUAGCUAAAAAAUUGAAUUGCACUCUGGCUGAUACUUCUAAGCCAACCGUUGUAGUGGACCCAGUAACAAAUCAGGAAGUUCUUCAAGAUUGUAUUAACACUGGAAACAGUCACUUGAGUUUCUUCAAAGAUGAAUCGGUAGAAAUAUAUAAAAAUCUGAAUACAUCUGCUUUUUCCACGGGUAAAUUAAUCUUGAAGCCACUUAAAGAAAAAGGACACCAAUUUGUCUACAUGGAUACAAUAGCUUUCCAUGUUAUCCAUGGCAAAAUUGUUGUUACUUUGCAUAAGACAUCAUAUUACCUGACUUCGGGGGCCUUUUUCUAUAUUCCAGCAGGAAAUCAAUAUAACAUCCGUAAUCUUCUGAACGAAGAAAGUGUUCUUCUUUUCACGCAGUUCAAAAACGACAGACCAAUUGUAACCAGCACAUUGUUGGAGCCUGAGCCCUCUUCCCCGUAAGUUCACCUGCAAGUUGAAUGGGAGCGACUUCUGAAGAACACUGUUAACCACCAUCCAACUGGAAAUAUACCCCCCUAUUGGAAGUACAUAGUUUCAUUGAUCUUAAGAGAUCUUCCUCCAGUGUAAAUUGUAAAUAGAUGGCUACAAAUUAUUUUUCUGUUUUGUAUCAAUAAAUGUUAAAUAAUACAAAUCA